CCAGAAUCGACCCGUAAUGGAUAAGGGUACGAUUCAAGGACCCGUACAUCCGAGCCGGGUUGCUGGUCCACCCUGGCCACUUCUACCUACGCUGCUAAACGGAUAAACCCCUUUGAGCUUGCUAUCGAAAUCGCUCAAAUAAUGGCAGGAAACACAACCAAGAAAAUAUCAGCAGCUUCAGCUAGGGCUCAUACUAGGAAAUCCAAGAAAAGAGGCAAAAGUCCUCUUAGAUUUUUUACUUCAAAACUUAACCAGCCUCAGGCUAUGAUUAAACUUGCAGAUUCUUCCUUUUCUAAUGGCAUGCUUCAUGAAAUAAUGAUUGCCCAGAUAGCAAUUGGGUCACUAAUUGGAUUUUUGGGAUAUGCUUAUCUGGCAAUAAGACCACCUGCACCUAAAAUAUGCGGCUCUCCGGGUGGACCUCCGGUGACCUCAUCGAGGGUGAAACUUAGUGAUGGGAGGCAUUUAGCUUACAAGGAGAGAGGGAUCGAAAAAGAAAAAGCCUAUUACAAGAUAAUUGUUUCCCAUGGCUUUGGUGAUUCUAAGGAUUUCAACCUUCCUGUUUCCGAAGAGCUCAUAAACGAAGUACGUAUAUACAUCCUGUCAUUCGAUCGUGGGGGUUAUGGAGAGAGUGACCCUAAUCCUGCAAGGACUGUGAAGAGCGACGCAUUUGACAUUCAGGAACUGGCUGACAAAUUGAAUCUCGGGCCCAGGUUUUAUCUGAUUGGUAUAUCCAUGGGAGCUUAUCCUGUUUACGGCUGCCUUAAAUACCUCCCUCACAGGGUUUCGGGAGCUGCACUCGUUUCUCCUGUCGUUAACUACUGGUGGCGGUGCUUUCCUCCCGAACUAUCAAAAAAAGCCUUGGGAAAAAUUAUUUUCGAAGACCGGCUGACUUUUAGAAUUGCCCAUUAUGCCCCCUGGCUGUUGAACUGGUGGAUGACUCAGAAGUUGUUCCCGUCUUUCAGCCUCUUGCAAGGAAAGCUCGAUGCUUUAAGCCGCUCGGACAUUGAGAUCCUCAAGCAGUCGCCAGGAAUUCCAAAAGAGGAACAGGAGAAAAUACUACAACAAGGUGCUCAUGAAUGUUUGCAUAGGGAUAUGAUGAUAGGUUUUGGGAAAUGGGAUUUCGAACCCAUGAAUAUCGUUAAUCCUUUCCCUAACAAAGAAGGCUCGUUUCAUAUGUGGCAUGGGUAUGAAGAUAAAGCUGUUCCUCAAGAGCUUAAUCGAUAUUUGGCCGAGCAGCUUCCAUGGAUCCAAUAUCAUGAGGUUCCGGAUACCGGACAUCUGUUGAUCUAUAAUUCCACGCUUUGUGAAUCCAUAAUCACUGCGCUUUUAUCUUCAUGAGUAGAAUGCGCAGCCUUUGAGUAAAGGGUUUCAGGUGACGAUUCUUUUUGUCCUUCUGUAACAAAGUGUAAAUUUAAGAACCUUCCCCGACUCCUACGAUGUAGUGUAAUCACUGGUGUCUUUUUUUAAUCCAUUGGAUCAAUAGUAAAACCUGGUGACUGUCAGGUGAAAUAUUCCCCUUUUCCCAUGUUAAAUGUCAGAUUUUCCCUGGUGACUGUCAGGUGAAAUAUUCCCCUUUUCCCAUGUUAAAUGUCAGAUUUUCUUGAUUUUGGAGAUAUGUUUUCUUGAAGAACUGUAGAUUUU